AUGGGUAGCUCCUGGGAUGCGUCGGAGAGCUGGGGCGACGCGCCCGAGACAGAGGAGUGUCGGAAGAUCAUCGAGAAUCUCGAGUCCACUAUUGAACUAUUCCAGAUCAACCCCAGACUUAACAUUUCAGAUGAUUUAAAGAUUGGCUUUUUCACCACAGACCAUGCUGCUCAAACAGAUCCCAGUGAAAUUUUGCCAAUAAAAGAGUUGACUUCAGCUACACAAGGGCUAGUGCAGAUUGUUAAAGCCCUUCAAGUGGAUUUUGGGUUCCUCAAACAAUUACUUCAAUUGCAGUUUGAGGACCGACUUAAAGAGGAGGCUUUCAAUCUCUUCAGUGCUCUACAUGACAGGAUCACAUCAAUUGAGAAACACUAUCAACAGAAUGAGGAGCAGAUGAGAAAAUGCUUCAGUCAGCAGUUAGCUGAUGCCAUAGCUAUUACCAAAGGAAUGUACAUGCAAUUUUUUGAGGUGGAAGAAGAGAAGACUUCUAUGCAAGACUCAAAUGUUGUCAAAAUGAAUGUUUUGUUAAGAAAACUGAAAGAAAAAGAACAAAUUAUUAAGGAUUUAACAGAAGAACUAGAACAAUAUGAAGAAAAUAGUUUUCCAAAACUUAUACAUUUCAAGGUAAAAAAUAGUCAAUGUUGGCAUAUGUGAAUAUACUUACAACUAUCUAGAAGCUUGGGUAAAGAAUAAAGUAUAUUGAGUGGAUGCAUCUUAGGCAUCUCUGCUCUUUACAACAAAGCCAGUCCAAUACUUUUCUGCUAAAUGGCACAUUCUAAAACACCCAUAAGAGUUCUAAAUUGGAGCCAUUUAAUUGUUCUCAGUAUU